GGCGAAGAUAAAAGAUUCCCAGGACGCGCAAGCCACAAGAGAGUGAGAUAGGCCAAGAGAGCUUCCAACAAAUAACCAGUUCGUCCAUGGCGGCGACAGCUCGCGCCGUCAUUCUCUCCCGCUUCACCGACCUGUCUCUCAAGCCUUCCCAGCCGCCGCCCCCGAUUACCGGCCACCUCCUCGUCCGCCCCUUACUCCCCUCCUCCUUCCGGCGGCGUCGUUUGUCCGCCAGCUCGACUUCCGCCGUCCGAUGCCUCAUGUCCGGCGUCGACGGCGGCGGCGUGUCGGACGAGUUCGUCUCGACUCGGAAGUCCGGCUUCGACCGUGGCUUCUCCGUGAUUGCGAACAUGCUCAAGAAAAUUGAGCCCCUCGACACCUCCGUUAUCUCCAAGGGCGUUACGGAUUCCGCCAGGGACUCCAUGAAGCAGACCAUUUCUACUAUGCUGGGGUUGCUCCCGUCCUAUCAGUUCUCCGUCACCGUUAGGGUUUCCAAAGCCCCUCUCCAUCGCCUCCUCACAUCCUCGAUAAUCACCGGAUAUACACUGUGGAACGCGGAGUAUCGGAUAUCGUUGAUGAGGAAUUUCGACAAAUCCACGGAGAAUUCUGUGCCGUUGGAUCGGUCGGAGAUCGAUGGGGUGUCGGAUAGGGUGGAGAGUGAGGAAAGGGAUGAUGGAAAUGGUAUCGGGGUGAGUGGCGAACUCUUGGAUUCAGCAACUCCCCAUGUUUUUGGCGAUUUGCCUCCGGAGGCUUUGAAUUGUAUCCAGAGGUUGGAGUCAGAGUUGACAAAUGUGAAGGAGGAACUGAAGGCGCUAAAGCAGGAAAAUAUGCAAUUAGAAUAUGACAGAGGACCUAGGAACGAUUUAUUGGAGUAUCUACGGUCUCUAGAUUCUGAUAUGGUGACUGAACUAUCUCGACCGACAUCAUUUGAGGUGGAGGAAAUUAUACACCAGCUUGUUCAAAAUGUAUUGCAGCGAUUCUUCAAGGACGGUACUUCCUCAGACUUUGUGGAAGAUUUGGUGACAGGGGACAGUGAGAAUGGCCUAGAUGCUGAUGGCGAACUUGACACCAUAGGAACUUCACGAGAUUACCUAGCGAAGCUGCUUUUCUGGUGUAUGUUGUUAGGUCAUCAUUUAAGAGGGUUGGAGAACCGAUUGCAUUUGAGUUGCGUUGUUGGAUUAUUGUGAAGAGAGGAAAGUGGGAGGCGUGUACAUCCUUCAUGUUCGUCUAUAUCAACCUUUAUUCUUCUUCAAGUUCAUCUGUAUUAUUCUUCUUCGUUUUACGGAAUACCGCAAUAAUUACGGUUCUUCCGACCUCUUUCAUCGUGAUUCACGAUGAAAGAGGAUUCGUGAUCUCCAUAAGUUAACCUAUCGUACACAUUUGGAAUUGUAUUCGAUUUUACAAGUGUAUAUAGAUGAAAAAAAUUAGCAACCAACACUCCUGCUGGCAUAGCCAAAUUCUUCUUGUUGCCAUUAUUUCGUGACAA